AAUAGAAAGAGCAAGGAAAAUUUAUAACCUUUUUAGUAGCAUAGGUGAGGAUAAAAUUCAACGGGUGAAAUCUUACUCAGCAUUGAGAAUUUCUAAAUUAAGUUGGGAUGAAAUUGAUGCUAUAGAAGAGGAGUUUGAAUAA